CGUGUUCAUUUUACUUAAAACAGUUAUUAUUAAACAAUUAUUGAGUAUAUUAUUAAUUAUGUAUUUAUAAUUAAUUGCUACUAAAACCAUUGUGCUGAUACAAUUAAAUUCUAAACAUUUAUUGUAAAUUUAUAGUAAGUUCCAAAAAUGACUUAUCAAUCCGAUGAAAAAUCAGAUGUAGAAAUUGUUGAAGAAGUUGAACCAAAACUUAAAUAUGUACGUCUCACUAAUGAUAUUCAAACUAUUUUAACUAAAGAUGGUGUUAGUUAUCUUGCUGCUCAUCCAAAGUUUUUAUGCAUUGGUACUAAUUGGGGUUCAAUUCAUUUACUGGAUUUUGAAGGAAACAUUGUAAAUAAUCGGCAACUACGUCCACACACUGUUGCAGUUAAUCAAAUAAGUAUAGACAGCCGCGGUGAAUUCAUUGCUACAUGUUCAGAUGAUGGUAAUGUAUUUGUAUAUGGUCUUUACACAACGGAAGAUGCCCAAGAAAUAUCAUUAGGCCGUUGUGUUAAAUCUGUCGCAAUAGACCCGUUAUAUCAUAAGUCUGGCAAUUAUCGACGUUUCAUUACUGGAGAUGAUCGUCUUAUGCUUCAUGAGCGAACUUUUCUUGGACGUACAAAAUCAGUUGUUUUGUGUGAUGUGGAAGGAAUAGUACAUAAUAUGAGAUGGCAUAACCGUUUUGUAGCUUGGGCUUCAAAUAUAGGUCUGAGAGUUUAUGAUAUAAUUUCUCGCUGUUCAUUAGGUCUUAUUAAAUGGGAUAAACGUAACAAUAUAAUACCUAGUACUUAUAGAUGUAAUUUGACAUGGAAAGACAAUGGAACUUUACUUGUUGGUUGGGUUGAUACUGUCAGAAUUUGUGGAGUAAAACGUCGACUACAAAGACCUAAGGAUGUUCCUGAAUAUAUAGUAGAACCACUUUCUAUGUUUCGUAUUGAUUAUUUUAUCUCUGGUAUUGGUCCACUUAAUCAUAAUCAAUUAGUCAUAUUAUGUUAUUCUAAAGAAAAAGAUGAAAACGAAAAGGCAAUGAGACCUCAACUGUAUGUUGUCGAAGCAAAAGAAUCUAAGUAUGUUGAACUGUGUACCGACAACUUAUCUUUACGUGAUUUUCAAGAUUUGGACUGUAAUGAUUAUUCCCUUGAUAGUUUAGUAGUGGAAAAUCUAUUUGUAAUUGUUAGCCCAAAAGAUAUAGUUUUAGCUAAUCCAUGUGAUGGGGAUGAUAGAAUUGAAUGGCUAAUAGAACAUAACAAAUUUUCUGAAGCAAUGGAAAUAGUAAAUUCUAAUAACAUAGUUUUAAAUAGGAAUUCACGAAUAUCUGUGGGGAAAAAAUUUUUAGAUCAUUUAUUGUUCAUUGAAGAAUAUGUGGAGGCUGGAAAAUUAACCUCUGAACUUUUUGGUAAUGAUAAAAAACUUUGGCAGGAAGAAAUAUUUAAAUUUGCGCAAGUACAUCAACUUCGUCAAGUAAGUUCUUAUAUACCAAGAGGUGAAGUAACUCUAGAUCCUCAUAUUUAUGAAAUGGUAUUAUAUGAAUACUUGAAACUUGAACCUGAAGGAUUUUUAAAAAUUGUUAAACAAUGGUCACCAUUUUUGUAUAACGUAUCAGCUGUAACUAAUGCAUUAAUUGAACAUUUAAUUGUGAACUCAAGCUCAGAACUUUUAGAAGCUUUAGCUAUUCUUUAUACUCAUUCUGGUAAAUAUGAUAAAGCUCUAGGAGCGUACUUAAAACUUAAUCACAAAGGUAUAUUUCAAUUAAUCAGUAAACAUAAUCUGUACCCAUUAAUACAUAAUAUGAUUGAAGAUCUUAUGCGAUUAGAUUCUGAGCAAACUAUUAAAAUACUUUUAGAUAAAGAUACAAUACCUAUCGAUGUAGCAGUGGUGAAGCUACAAUACAAUAAAUUAUAUUUGUAUACUUAUUUAGACGCACUAGAAAAAAAAGACACAAGGAUGCUUGCUAGACGAAACUUGCACAAAGAUCUUGUAUUAUUAUACGCAGAAUUUUCCCGUGAAAAACUUUUGCCUUUGUUAAAACGAAGUGAUAACUAUUCUAUUGCAAAAGCAUUAGAUGUAUGUAAACGCCUUGAAUAUUAUCCUGAAAUGGUAUACUUAUUGGGUCGAAUGGGUAACACUAAAGAUGCGUUAAAUCUCGUGAUGUCACAAUUAGGUGAUAUUGAACAAGCUAUUGAAUUCUGCAAAGACCAAAACGAUACCGAUUUAUGGCACGAUUUAAUUGGUUUAUCACUUGAGAAGCCGAAUUUUUUGAAAGUUCUACUACAAAAAAUUGGUACAUACGUUGAUCCAAGAAUUCUAAUUCGUAGAAUUGGUAAAAAUACACAGAUACCAGGGUUAAAAAAUGCACUUGUAAAAAUGAUGACCGAUUAUAAUUUGCAAGUGUCUGUAGAAGAAGGAUGUACUAAAAUCGUUGUAUCAGAUUGUUUUGAUCUACACGAAAAACUUUAUAACGUGAGAAGGAAAGGAUGUAGCGUGGACGAACAACAUGUAUGUAGCGCUUGUCAAAAAUGCAUCAUCGACCAAGAUCGAUUGGGUAAAGCUUUAAUAUUUUACUGCCAACAUGUCUUUCACGAAGAAUGUAUAUCUAUGGAUGGAUUAGAAACAACAUGUACAAUUUGUAUGGACAGUAGAAUGAAACAAGCAACAUUCCAGUGAUUAUAAUCUACAGAACAGGUGGGUAGUAAAUUGAUACAAUUGUCCAUUUAUGAUAUUAUUUAAAUAAAAUAUUUUGUCAACUUGAUAAUCACAAUAUUAUAUGCCUUUAUAAUGAGUGUAUUGUCUAGUUUUUGCGAUACUUUAUAUAUCAGUGGUAUGCAACCUAAGCGUCACAACAUUUUAAAAGGUAGUCGCCAUUUAUUUAACACCAAAUUAAAAAUGUAUAUACUAUGUAUAUUAUUAUACGUAGGGAGCUUCAUCGAAAUUAAUUAAUUUGGGAAUCGUGGAUCAAAGAAAGUUGUACAUCACUGCGUUAUAUUAUAACCUAUGCUCAUUUAAUUAUAUUUAUCUUAUUAUUAUUUAAAAUUCAUAGUUAUUU